CCGGAGGAAGUGCGUGGGGAGGUGCUCAGUGGCGUCGAGAGGUCGGGGGGCACCAAAAUAUAAAUGUCUAAAUCUGGUGCGCUUACUAUUCUUACAUCCGCGGAGGAGGGCCCUGUAGCCACCAGCAGCACCUCCUGCUGCUGCUGAAAGUCAAGGGCCUCCUCUAACCUUGGGUUGGGACGGAUUCCAGAGUUCGUGCACGCUAACCGCACUCGGAAAUGGAACUCGCACGGGACCACGUACGCUGAUGCUGCCGCUGCUGCUGCUGCCUGCCGCCAGGCCAUGCCAUGCACAGUUUCUGAAGAGAGUCGAGGGGCACACAACAGAGUGAAAGAGGAUCGAGUGACGAUGCUGGAAGGCGGAGGGAGGGAAUGAGGCCUGUAGAUGUGUAUAUCGAAACAGAGGAUGGGACUGUUGAGGACUUUGUCGGUUGGUGGGACAUGACGAGAGAGUUGAGCACUAUGUUUCAAUGCCCUAUGGGAGCAUGACCCAUGAUGAGUCAUAGACCAGACAACCAUAGCACAUUUUGCAUUCAUGGCUGCCUCUUCCGACUCCUCCUGCGAUUGAUUGAUCAUUCGGACUCUGUCUGUCCUCUCUCUCUUGCUCUUGCUCUUGCUCUUGCUUCCGUUCAUUAGCCCAAUCGCACUUUCUGUUCUGUUCUCUCUUUUGCUUCUCAGGCAAAGGGUUUCUCUCUCUCCCUCUCUAUUCCUCACUUUCCUUUCAUUUCCUUUCCUUUCUACUCCUCGUCUGCCUCUGCUGCUGCUGCUUCUUCUUCUUCUUCUUCUUCUUCUUCUUCUUCUUCUUCUUAUUCUGCUCCUCCUCUUCUGCCCUGCCCCCACUCUGCUCUGCUCUGCUCUGCCCUGGCUCGCCUCCAAUCCCACCUGUCGGUUUUGCUUUUAGAUUUGGAUCUCUCCUGGAGGAUCGGUCCACGGAGCUUUGGUGGGAAUUGGACCACGAACAAUUGGACCGCGACAACCAAGGGCGAACUAGCCAAUCAAGCAAGCAAGCGAGGCGAGGCGAUGAGUGCUGGCUGGCUGCUGGCUGCUGCUGCUGCUGCUUCCGCCACUUCGUAGUGUAUCUGGGCUCGGAAUCGCCUCGUUGAUACUCCCCGCUCUACAAUUCUCAGACUUUGCCAACGAGUUUGGUUUUCCAAAUCACUCUGCAGCUCUCUGGAAUUCGGAUCCAGUCCUCUGAGAAUCGUUGGACUGGUUGGAAAUUCUCCCUCUCCCUCCCUCAGUCUAUCAUUCUCUCUUCCCGGCGUUCUGCAGCCACCAGAUUCUGUCGCUCAUUCCCACAGACUGGGAGGCUGCAAUUCAGCAAUCAAUCAAUCAAUCAAUCAAUCAGUCAGUCAGUCAUUCAGCAGUAGUAGCAGCAGGUUGUAUUAGGGCGUACAGCGUGGCUACAAAUUCACACACAAGGGAUCGAUCCAUCUGCAGCUUUGCAGCUUGGGCAUUCGCAUCCUCAUUCUCAUCCGCAUCCGCAUCCUGCCCCCCUUCCUUCCCUCUCCUCAUGCAUAUUCGAAUUCCGGAAUUGGAUCGCUGAGGAAUAAUCCCGUUUCACGUGGAAGCUCAUUCGGCAGCAGCAGGAGGCUGUCUGCUGUCAGUCACACGACGAAAGCUGUGUCCUUUUUGCAGAGGCCCCGGGGAUGCCCCGUUGACUAAUGAUUGCCGCAGUGCAGGGCAGGGCACAGGGCCGGGCCGUGGAAAGCAGGCAGUGCGUGAUCUGAUAGGAGCAUAGAUUCGAUUCGGGUCGAGGUUGGUGGCAUCGAGGGCCAUCGAAUUAUUCCAGUCCUUUGCAUUUAGUGGGGACGGGACGGGGAGGGACCGCAGGGUUGGGGUUGUGGGGGACAGCACGAGGACGAGGCAGCCGAGGACUCGCAAGGGAGGCAACAGAUGUGUGCAAAUGUGAGCAGUUAUGAUCAGAACGGUCCGGCGGUACACUAUCUGCCCCCGGUGUUGCUUCCUGCGGCGCAACAGCAGCAGCAGACUGAUGGGCUGUCGCGAAAGAGGCAUCAAGAGCAGAGCGAAAAUGGAGGGGGACUCAGCAAGAGGGCAGCCAGGACGCCCGAGAUCAUGUUCCGAUUACUCAUUCCGGCCACCAAAAUCGGCAAGGUAAUUGGCAAGCAGGGCAACCAGAUCAAGCAGCUGCGCGAGGAGACCGGCGCUCGGAUUAAGAUUGCUGACCCUGUCUCUACGAUAGAAGAGCGGGUGGUACUGAUUUCGUCGAGAGACGAGGCCGUCCAGUCGACAUCGGCUGCGGAGGAUGCUCUCAUUCGCGUAGCAACUAUUGUCGUGGAGGAGAAGACUGAUGGGGGUCCUACGGCGAGCAUUGGGCCUCAGCAUCACAUAGCACCGAAUUUGACCCGACUGUUAAUUGCUGGCUCUCAAGCGGGAAGUCUUAUUGGCAAAGCGGGAACAACAAUCAAGGAUAUACGAGAAAGCUCUGGUGCCAAUGUCAGGAUCCUGCCACCUGAUCAGCUGCCUGUGUGCUCAUCAGCGUUGGACAAUGAUCGCCUUGUUCAGAUCGCCGGUGACAUAGCUCAAGUACAGAAAGCAUUGCAAAUGAUUGGUGCGAAGCUCAGGGAAAACCCACCGAAGGAAACUGUCUCUAUAAGGGCUCCUUUCUUCCUUACAUCUCACCCACAGAUGCUGAUCCCACAAUCAGGGCUGACGACUUACCCUAGUGCCGCUAGAUUUCGUGGACAAGCAGGAGGUGUGGGAGGGGCUUCCUUCGGUAUGUUGGCUGGAAAUGCAGGUCCUGGCGCUGCAUAUGGUGCAUCAGUGACAGGAAUCCCGAAAUUGAGUACAGAAAUGGCCAUCCCAAGUGCACUUAUGGGCGGCAUUAUAGGGAGAGGAGGCGGGAACAUAAGCCAGAUUAGGUCCAUAUCUGGAGCUGCUGUGAAGGUAAGUGGACAGAAGGAAGGAACAACAGAGAGAACGAUCUCCAUCGAGGGAACUCCUGAUCAGGUCUCGAUAGCACAGAGCCUUGUACAGGCAUUUUUGAAUGCACAGUAAGAGGCUGUUGUAACCAGUUGAGCAGUGAGGCCUUUCUUCCAACAGCAGCGCACCUGGAACCUUCUGGCACAGACAGAGUGGUAGAUCAAAGUAACGCAAGAUGUUCUAUACUGGUCGCCGACUGUAAUUCCUCGACCAAGCAAAGCUCUAUGAUUUCAAUCGUUGGCCGGUAAACCUACCACUAAUCAGUUUUGGUUUGUUGAGUUUACACUGUUGACUGGAGUCUUCACUUUAAUGGAGUCUUCAGUGCACACGGCACGGAGAUUCUUUUGUAGGCAUCAAUUCCUGCCAGAUCAAGGUGUACCAUCAAUGGAGUGUUCUCGUUCCGAACCAUGCCCACCCAGACUUUCGUGUCGCAUAUUCUUCAGAGAAGAGUGAAGCGGUCGAUCCUUAGCAACUAUUGCAGCUUGAUUCUAGUGUAAGAAAAAAAUCCCUAAAAAAACAUUUGAAACUUGUGAUUAGUGGGAAAGAAGAAACUUGUGAUUAUCUAAACAGAUGAGGUAUAAGCUCCAUGUGUAGUGUGUGGAGUUUCUGGGUGUUGUAUCAUUGCGGCUUUAGCAGAAGGUCAGAUCCAUUAUCUGAUCUAUGGUUCCAACUUUAAAAUAGAGUUCAUAAUCGCACGAUGCCAUUACCCGACAUCGGGCGUACAAGUGUAACCGGAAUGUCAUCAAAAAGUGAGAGAAAAAGAGUUGUAGAGUUGUUACCAUUGGCAUCACCUCGGGAAGCCAUUGAGUGAUGGAACUGAUCUUAUUGGUAGACCGUGCACCUUUUUUUUCUACUCAUGAUUUACCAUUUCAGCUUACUCAAAAUUAUGUAAAGCGUCAUGUGUUGCUCAUUUGUCGCCUUCCCUCCAAUCCCCU